AUGGGCUGCGUCUGCCUCUGGCUGCUCCUCUCUCUCGGCUGCGUUGGGGGAACGGGCCGCGGGGUGAGGGAGAAGGUGCUGGGCACCCUGGGGAAGGCGACGACGCUGCGGAUCCCGCCGGAGCUCCGGGAACUCACCCAGAGCUUCAGGUCGGCCACCUGGAAGAGGGACACGGAGGACCCGCACAGGAAACUUGUCCUGCUCAGCUACUCCCAGGGCAAAUACACCAACUACAUGAAGGAACGAAUUUCCUUCCACGAGGACACCUUCUCCCUGGAGAUCCUCAACACCAGCCGGCAGGACUGGCAGAUCUACGAGUACAGUGUCAGCAAGGGCUCGGAGGAGGAGGUCUGGCAGAUACAGCUGGAGGUGUACGAGCCGGUGUCCGACCCCAGCAUCGAGAUCCUCCGCUGGGCGUUGGCCAACGGGACCUGCACCCUCACCCUCAACUGCACGGCGGAGCGAGGGGACCACGUCUCCUACAGCUGGGGUGGCCAGGACAGGGGCACCCCGGGGCUCUGCUCCCACAACGGCAGCCUCCUGCACCUCUCCUACCCCCUGCAGAACGUGAGCAUCGCCUGCUCCUGCACCGCCAGCAACCCCGUCAGCCGCCGGGUCGCCACCUUCAACUCCUCCGAGUGCAGCUACAGCCAAGGGGGCAGCGGGAGGCUGUGGUGGGAUCAGCUGGUGCUGGUGGUGGUGGUGCCCAUCGCCAUGGGGAUGCUGCUCGUCGGGAUCUUCAUCGCCCGUCUGGCCACGUCCACUGCUGCCCGGGGGCAGGAGCUCUCCCCGCUGGCCGAGGACACCACGGUGCACACCAUCUACUCCCAGGUCCAGCGGGUGCAG